GAUUUAUGUAGAUUACUUGAUGCAGAGUAGGUGCGCUUUCUGUGGGUCACCAGGUACAUAGUAGACAUGCUCAAUGUGGAGCACCUGACACACAGUAGGUAUGCUUUAUAUACAGCACAUGGCACAGAGUAGGCACGCUUUAUAUGAAGUACUCUGCAUAAAGUAAGCUUACAUUAUGUACAGCAUGCUGCACACAGUAGGUGAGCUUUAUGUGGCAUACCUGGCACAUAGUAGAUAGAAUUUAUGUAGAGUAUCUGAUACACAGUAAGUGCACUUUAUAUAGUGAGACUGGCACACACUAGGUGCACACAGUAGUGUUUUCCAUACAGUCUUUCGCAUGGAGUAGAGACAGGCACACAGCAGCUCAAGUGCUAGUUGUCAUCCCCUUCCCUUCAGUCCCUCUUUUUGGAGCUCCCUUUUCUUAGGAGCCUUCCUCCGUCACCCUCUAAGGCCUCAUCUGACAUCCCAUUUCCCAGAUGGGAAGCCUGAGCCCAGGAUGGCCACACUGCCCACAGUCAGAGAAAGGACAGGGCAGAACAAGGACUUCACUCGGGAUCCCUUUGCUCUGCCCUCCCCUGCCUGGACCCCGUCAGCUCAAGGCCCCUCUCAGCCUCAUCCCCUGUGCCUCCGCUCUGUCCUCCUAAGCUGAGCCCAGCUUCUAGGUUUGCUCCUCCAGCUGGGCUCUUUAUCCCCAGAAUCUGACGAAGGUAAUCCUCAGUGGGGUUGGGGCUGGAUUCUUUCUUCCUGCUUCAAGCAGUCAGGUCUCAACUCAGGCCCUGGGCUGCCAGGAGGCAGGACUUGAACUCUUGCCAGGCUGUGAAGCCAGAGAUGAGAGGCUUCUGUCUCUGAAUCUCCUAAGUCUGCACCAAGAUGUGGCGCCUGACAUCCUCCCCGCCCAUGUUUGGAGAGGAGCCCAGAUGAUCUGGGACAAGGGUUGGCCUGGCCCAGCUCAGCUGGCUGCCAACUGUCAUGAUAAGUAUAUGCUUUUAUCUGAGCACCCUUGUCUUGGAAGGGCAGGGUGGAGGUAAACUUGGGGCUCAGAGUCCUCUCAAACCACCCCCCAACUUCCCCUGCAAACUCCCAAGAAGGUACUGAGACCUGAGAAUUCAGUGCUCGGGCUGGGGCACCCUGAGCUGCACCCAGUGGGCCCAACCCCAGGUUUUGGCUGGCUGCCCAGGCACGGAAGACACACCCAGGCUGUGGGGAUUGGCAGCCUCAGCCCAGCCCAGCCCAGCCCCGCCUCCUACGGCCUUCCCUAGAUCAGGGGCCAGGUCCAAAGAUCUCCCAGCAGAAGAGGAGAGGAGGUUGUGUGGGACAAGUUGCUCCCGACAGAAGGAUGUCGCUGCUGAGCCUGCCCUGGCUGGGCCUCAGACAGGUGGCAAUAUCCCCAUGGCUACUCCUGCUGCUGGUUGUGGGCUCCUGGCUACUCACCCGCAUCCUGGCUUGGACCUAUGCCUUCUAUAACAACUGCCGCCGGCUCCAGUGUUUCCCACAGCCCCCAAAACGGAACUGGUUUUGGGGUCACCUGGGCCUGAUCACUCCUACAGAGGAGGGCUUGAAGGACUCGACCCAGAUGUCAGCCACCUAUUCCCAGGGCUUUACGAUAUGGCUGGGUCCCAUCAUCCCCUUCAUCGUUUUAUGCCACCCUGACACCAUCCGGUCUAUCACCAAUGCCUCAGCUGCCAUUGCACUCAAGGAUGAUCUCUCCAUCAGGUUCCUGAAGCCCUGGCUGGGGGAUGGGCUCCUGCUGAGUGGCGUUGACAAGUGGAGCCGCCACCGUCGGAUGCUGACACCCGCCUUCCAUUUCAACAUCCUGAAGUCCUAUAUAACGAUCUUCAACAAGAGUGCAAACAUCAUGCUUGACAAGUGGCAGCACCUGGCCUCAGAGGGCAGCAGUCGUCUGGACAUGUUUGAGCACAUCAGCCUCAUGACCUUGGACAGUCUGCAGAAAUGCAUCUUCAGCUUUGACAGCCAUUGUCAGGAGAGGCCCAGUGAAUAUAUUGCCACCAUCUUGGAGCUCAGUGCCCUUGUAGAAAAAAGAAACCAGCAUAUCCUCCAGCACAUGGACUUUCUGUAUUACCUCUCCCAUGACGGGCGGCGCUUCCACAGGGCCUGCCGCCUGGUGCAUGACUUCACAGACGCUGUCAUCCGGGAGCGGCGUCGCACCCUCCCCACUCAGGGUAUUGAUGAUUUUCUCAAAGACAAAGCCAAGUCCAAGACUUUGGAUUUCAUUGAUGUGCUUCUGCUGAGCAAGGAUGAAGAUGGGAAGGCAUUGUCAGAUGAGGAUAUAAGAGCAGAGGCUGACACCUUCAUGUUUGGAGGCCAUGACACCACGGCCAGUGGCCUCUCCUGGGUCCUGUACAACCUUGCGAGGCACCCAGAGUACCAGGAGCGCUGCCGACAGGAGGUGCAAGAGCUUCUGAAGGACCGCGAUCCUAAAGAGAUUGAAUGGGACGACCUGGCCCAGCUGCCCUUCCUGACCAUGUGCGUGAAGGAGAGCCUGAGGUUACAUCCCCCAGCUCCCUUCAUCUCCCGAUGCUGCACCCAGGACAUUGUUCUCCCAGAUGGCCGAGUCAUCCCCAAAGGCAUUACCUGCGUCAUCAAUAUUAUAGGGGUCCAUCACAACCCAACUGUGUGGCCGGAUCCUGAGGUCUACGACCCCUUCCGCUUUGACCCAGAGAACAGCAAGGGGAGGUCCCCUCUGGCUUUUAUUCCGUUCUCCGCAGGGCCCAGGAACUGCAUCGGGCAGGCGUUCGCCAUGGCGGAGAUGAAAGUGGUCCUGGCGUUGAUGCUGCUGCACUUCCGGUUCCUGCCAGACCACACUGAGCCCCGCAGGAAGCCGGAACUGAUCAUGCGCGCCGAGGGCGGGCUUUGGCUGCGGGUGGAGCACCUGAAUGUAGGCUUGCAGUGACUUUCUGACCCAUCCACCUGUCUUUUUGCAGAUUGUCAUGAAUAAAACGGUGCUGUCA